AUGCCGUCGAUACUGGUGUCCGCGGCCCCUUACCACAUCAUCACCUACGGCGUCCUCCUGGGCACGGAAGUGUUCCAGAGCUUCGGCGCCGGUAUCAUUCAAUUCAAGACUCUCCCAAGGGCACAAUUUUCCACCCUGCAACAAGCCACUUUCCCCAUCUACUUCUCCCUGCAAACCGCCCUGCCCCUCCUCCUCGCCCUCACCCUCCCCACCGAACGCACCGCCAUCGGCACCACCCCAUCCUCCCUCCCGGGCGUCCUGCACCCCUCCAACCGCACACCCGUGCUCCUCCCCCUAACGCUCAACCUGCUCUGCGCCGCCACCAACCUCCUGUACCUGGGUCCGCAGACCACGAGCGUGAUGCGCGAGCGCAAGCACCAGGAGACGCGCGACGGCAAAAAGAGCUACGAUGCGGGCCCACACAGCGCCGAGAUGGAGAGGCUGAACAGGAAGUUUAGCUGGUUGCAUGGCGCGAGCACGGUGGUGAAUCUGGUGGGCAUCGCGGCGACGGUGUGGUAUGGGUUCUAUCUGGGGCAACGGAUGAUGUGA